GCUCGGAGUUGAAGGAAUUUGUGCCGCGUGAGCGUUUCGCGCGGGAUCCCGGGUCAGACUCCCCAGCCCGCGCGGUCGCCGCGCUCGCCCUCCGGGCGCCCUCCUGCCCGCGAUGGGCUGCUCCAGCAGCGCCCUCAACAAGGCCGGCGACGGCAACAGGCUUCGCAAUGCCACAGAAGAAAGUGAGUCCUGCUUUGUCCAGCCAAAACCACGUGCACUGGGAAGAGAAUCUACUUUGGGUGGCAAAGUACAAAAGGAAAGCCUUCCUCCAUUAGACAAGCUCAAGAUCUCAGCCGCGUCCACAGCUAAUGGUGUUCAGUCCCUCCCUGAACAGCCCCUGGCAAAGGAGACUGCAGACCCACCAGGAGCCACAGAGGAAACUCAGCCUCUGCAGGGACCGAAGGGGUCUGAGCCACCUCAGCCAGGUGGCAAAGAUGGUGCUCCAGGAGCAGAAGGAAAGGAGGAGGAUGCGGAAGCGGUGACAGAGGCUCCGCCUUUGAAAGGAAGUGCUGAGACUGAACCUUUAGGAGCGGAAGCCGAGAAUCAGCCUUUGAUAACAGCGGGAGAGAGGGACUCUCCUGGAGCAGUGGAAGGUACUGAGGAUCCACAAGCUGCCGGAGAGAUGACGCCUCUAGGAACAGCUGAGAGAGUUCCUCUGGAAACAGCCAGAGAGCCAGGAUCUCAAGAAGCUGGAGGAAAGGGUGAACAGUCCCAACUCCCAGAGACAGUUCCCAAGGAGACAGAAUCUCCGGAGAUGUUGGAAGGCAGUCAGCCUGUGGAAACAGCUGAGACGCAGCACCUUCAAGAAACAGUUGGAGAAGAUGAGCAGUCCCAACUUGUAGAAACAGUUCCCAAAGAGAAUGCAUCUCUGGAAGUGUCGGACGGAAGUCAGUCUGUGGAAGCCGAGAGAAAAAAGCAACUUCAGGAGACGCUGGGGAAAGAUGAGCAGCCCCAGCUUCGAGAGACGAUUCCCAGAGAGCAUGGCGGACCGGAAGUGUCAGACGGAAGUCAGUCUGUGGGAGCCGAGGAAGAGAAGCAACCUCAGGAAACGCUGGGGAAAGAUGAGCAGCCCCAGCUUCGAGAGACGAUUCCCAGAGAGCAUGGCGGACUGGAAGUGUCAGACGGAAGUCAGUCUGUGGGAGCCGAGGAAGAGAAGCAACCUCAGGAAACGCUGGGGAAAGAUGAGCAGCCCCAGCUUCGAGAGACGAUUCCCAAAGAGCAUGGCGGACCGGAAGUGUUGGACUCAAGUCGGUGUGUGGAGACAGCUGUAAAGGCUGAUUCACUCCAUAAAACUGCGGAAGGUCCUGGGAACAUGCAGAAGCUCCAACCUGAAAGAACAGUUGAAAGCAUGGAACAUCUGGUGGAAAUGGCCAGGAAAAUUCACACUAACGAAGAGGACCAACACAUUGAAGGUGAGACAGGAGAAACAGUUGAAACAGAGAUGGAGAGUGAGAAAGUUGGUGAAGCAGCUGAAACAAAAGAAGAAGAAACAGGAGAAGUCAUGGAUCUUUCAGCAGCCACACAGAUAGGUCAGGAUGGAAGGGUGAAGGGACACAGCAUGUUAUAACAGAGAAGACAGAAAACUGCAGUGAAGUUGUGGUUACAGCUGGUAUCUUUCAACAUCGACAUGCUUUAUACCAGGAAAAUGUGGUUAUCAUGUUCUUCAUUACAUUGUUCCAUAGAACUGCUAAGCUAUAAAUGGUUUUCUUUGCUACUUAGAAUUCAGAACUACAGUAGCCAGAGCCGGUACUGACUAGAGUAUAUGUUCAUUUAAGAGUGUGAGGGCAUUUUCUUAAUUGUGGCAAUGGGUCCAUUCAGUGUAGAACAGUGAGACCCUAAAAGAAAACAUACACCUUUAAGUAUAGGUGACUGGAGAAAGGAGUUAAGUAAAAAAUUUUAGGCAGCUCAUGAUAAUGAAAUCAUACAGAAUUAGGAUGGAAUAAGAAUGAUCAACAACAAUGGGGCAACUUAUAUCUAGUAUUUCUUUCCUAUCACAGAAUUUAAAG